UCUCGGGCCAUGCUGCCAUGGCGCCGUUCGAGAUCGGACAGUUCAUCGCGGCGCCCGGGCAGCCAUUAUAUAUCCGUCUCUGGAUCUAGCAAAUCACAGCCCCGCACCGCAUUGAUCGUCUCCCGUCUCCACACCUGCGCUACCCACUGUGCUUCGCUUGGCAUCCGUCCACACACACACACACGCAGCCAGCAGCAGCCUGCAUUCCCAUGGCCAGCCUGGUGCACCAGACGGCGGCCCCGAUGCCGGCCGCGGCGGCGAUGGACGACGACUUCAUGCCGCAGAGCUUCGGGUGCUUCGGGCGGUCGCUGUCUCGGGCGUCGUCGGCCCGGCGGCUGGAGUACAGGGCGCUGAGCGGCGAGGGCGGGGAGGAGAUGAGGCGCAUCGCGCAGGAGGAGCGGUCGGCCAGGGCGAAGCUGCGGUGGAAGGCGGUGGCGCAGGAGAUCAUGGCCAGGAGGAGGGGCGGCGGCGGCGGAGGCGCGGCGCGGAGGAGGAAGGCGGGGUUCAGCUACGACUCCAAGAGCUACGCGCUCAACUUCGACCAAGGCGCCGCCGCCGAGUAGCCAGCGAGCGAGCGAGCGAGAUCGCUGGCGAUCGAGAUGCAGCUAGCGCCUAGCGUACUGGCGAGCGUGCGUGGCUGGCGCUGCGGCCAGCCGACUGGCGACCGAUGCCGGCGGGGGAAUGGGGCGGCCGUGGCAUGGUUAUUGUUGGUUGAGAAUUGAGAAUGUGGAGGUCUAGUUUUGGUGCCAGAUCUUGUGUUCUUUGGUUGGUUAUUCUUGGUUGAGAAUUGAGAUGUUGGGUGCAUGUGCAGGAGUUGGCUGAUGCGUCCUGACAUAUUCAUGUGGUGUAAUAAGAUGAGCUGCUAGAUGUUUCAAAGUGAA